CUUAUCUACUUUCUAAACCAGAUUUUAGGUAUGCCAAGAAGAACAAGAAAAUGUUCUGUUCUUCCUCCUCAAUGUCAAUAGCAAGACCCCAUUUGGUAUGAUGAUGGCUUUUAGUUCACUUUUUUGCUCCACUCGUUUCAUUCCCACACCCUUUCUCAGUACUGCCACAAACAUAGUUUCUCCACAACACACUUGUGGCAGUUUCAUUCCCCAGAAGAAGCACUCUCUUGCAGUGGCUUCAGUGCCUUACCAACCCAUCAACUUUGAGUACCUGCAAGAGGAAUUCGGUGGGCAUGGAGUGAGCUUUGAAGGAGCUGGUGAGAGUUGUGUUGUGAAGAUGGAGCUCAGAAAUGGAAGCACUGUGACCAUGAUGCUGCCAAGUGGAUUGAUCACCUCAUACAAGGCCCUCAUGUGGCAUGGGGGCAAGGUGGAGUUGCUUCACACUUCUGUGUCAGAGGGAGACAAUGGUGAUCCUUUAAUUCAAGGAGGGGUGUCUUUAAACUUCAAUUUUCAAACUGAUGAUGAUGAUGAUGAUGAUGGUGAACUCUCUUGGUCUCCAACAAAUUGGGUUGUGCAUAAGAUUCAUGGCAGACCUAGGGAAUCCAUUCAGGUAGAAUUAGCAAGCAGAACACCAGAUGACAAGAUUGGAUUAAAAUACAUAGUGACUUUGGAAAAAGAUACCUUAAACUCAGAGCUUAAAAUCUCAAACAGAAGGUCUUUACCCCUUCGGAUGACAGGGUCAAUACUGAGUCAUUUGACACUAAGCUCACCAGAAGCAACUUAUGCAAUAGGGUUAGAAGGAUCAAGUUACUGUAGCACACCCUUGUUUGAAUCUGAGUUUAUGUUGAGUCCUCAAGAUUCAGGCCGAGAAGGCUUUGGAAAAGCAUUUCCUCAAUGGAGUACAAAGAGUAAGAAUAAUGGAUUAGAAGGUAGCCAGGUAAAGAAUGAAGAAAUAGACAACUACAAGCAGUUAAGUGAGGAACUAAGUCUUGUGUACACAGAAGCACCGCGAAGUUUCACACUGAUUGACAGGGGUAGAAGAAACUCAGUGUCAGUUGGAAGAAGCGGAUUUGAUGAAAUGUAUCUGUUCAGUCCUGGCUCACGCGUUGAAAUUUACAGUAAAUAUUCAUACAUAUGUGUAGGCCAAGCUUCCAUCCUCAAACCAAUAACUAUAAAUCCUCAAGAUGUAUGGAGAGGAGAACAGUUUAUAUACAAUCCAAAUCUUGAUGCAUAAUUUUGUUUUUGCUAUGAAAUAGAAAGACACACAUAUGCAUUAUGUUUAUUUUUUGGCAGCAAUGCAAAUUGCUGAUUACAACAGAGUGACAUUUUCUAUAUGUUAUUUUCCAUAUGCAAAAUACCCUAAAGAUUUGUACAUUUUCU